AUGAAUACAGCAAAGAGAUUAGGAAAGCCAAGAGAGCAUCAUGGAGGAGGUUCUGUGAGGAAAUUGAAAAUACACCUCAGGGAGCGAGACUUCAUAGGCUACUCUCGAAGGCUAGGACUAGUCAGAUCUACGGAGACGGCCCUUCUGGAGCUGGUGGAUAGAGUGGAAAAGGCCUUAGAAGAUAAGGAAAUAGCUCUGUCGGCCUUUCUCGACAUUGAGGGCGCUUUUGAUAACACUCCAAUUCGGACACUGGUGGAGGGGCUAAGAAUCAAAGAAGUGGACUCCACCACGGUCCGCUGGGUGCAAAGCAUGCUCUUAAAUAGGAAAGUUAGGCUAGACCUGCUGGAUACCACACUAGAAGUGGCCACUGUGAGAGGUUGCCCGCAGGGGGGUGUCCUAUCCCCACUGCUCUGGACUCUUGCAGUGGACGGACUUCUGCGUAAGUUGGCGGAUCUCCAAAUCGACACUCAGGGGUACGCAGAUGACCUUGUGGUGACGGUGAGGGGAAACUGCCAAAGUACUAUAUCGUACCUUAUGCAGAGGGCUCUCAACACCAUAAACGCCUGGUGUGGUGAAAAUGAAUUGUCCAUCAAUGCAAACAAGACAAUUAUAGUUCCAUUCACGAACAAACAAAGGCUGGAUAAAUUAAAACCUUUGGUCAUGAAUGGUAAAACGAUUCCGUUUUCUUCAGAAGUCAAGUAUCUGGGGAUAACACUGGACCAGAAACUGACCUGGAACCAGCACCUGAACGGAACUCUACUGAAGGCCAAAUCGGCCCUGGCAAUAUGCUGCCGUCUCGCAGGCAACAGAUGGGGUCUUAAACCCAAAAUUGCCUUAUGGUUGUACACUGCUAUAGUGAGACCAAUAGUGUCCUACGCCUCUGUAGCAUGGUACAAGAAGACGUUGCAGAAAGUGGCAGUGGCGAAGCUCAGCAGACUGCAAAGAGCUGCUUGUAGCAUCGUCACUGGAGCAAUGUCAUCCUCUCCAACAGCGGCACUAGAGGCCCUGCUGAACCUGUCGCCACUCCACCUCUAUCUGGAACUAGAAGCAAGAUCCAGCAUACUGAGAAUAGUGGCUACAAAGAGAGGAGGGUGGAUAUCACAAACACUGAGACUAUUUACUGAAUCAGUGCUUGAUAUCCCUGUACUGGGGAUGCCGACAGACACCAUGCACCCCCAGUUCUGCCCACAGAAACUUUACUCUGUGGAAAUCCCGGAAAGGGAGGACUGGUCAAACAGUCAAAUAUUAUGGAAAGAAGGAAGCCUAAGGUGGUACACUGACGGCUCCAAAUCCGGAUCUGAAGUAGGCUGCGGAGUAUACGGCGAAACGCCUAGAAGGGCUAAAAGCCUAAAUCUAGGACGGUAUUGCUCUAUAUUCCAGGCAGAGGUAUACGCCAUCUUAGAAUGCGCGUCAAUCAACCUGCAAUGCAACUACGUCAACCAUACUAUUUACAUCCACUCGGAUAGCCAGGCGGCACUCUUAGCCCUAACUUCGGACGUCAUAACGUCCAAGCUGGUUGAGAACUGCAGGCAACUAUUAAACAACCUUGGAUCCAAAAACAAGGUUGUCUUAAGAUGGGUCCCGGGGCACGCAGGCAUCGAAGGCAACGAGAAAGCCGACGAGCUUGCACGUACGGGGGCAAAGGGUAAGCACCAUGGCCCAGAGCCUUUCUGCGGUAUCCCGAAAAGCCUUACGAAACUAACCCUAAAGACCUACUGUCAAUACAAAACUAUUCAGCUCUGGAGGAACACGCCAGGCAUGAACCAUUCCAAGGCUCUCAUCAGAGCCUACAGCAAAAAGGCAUCCUCAAAUGCCUUGGCGCUGUCAAGGAACCAACUUCGCAACCUAGUGAGGGUGCUGACAGGGCAUUGCCACCUGAACAAGCACAUGCACACUAUCGGGAAACGUGCAAACGGGCGGUGCAGAUUCUGUCUAGAGUCUGAUGAAACGCCCCUGCACAUCCUGGCAGAGUGCCCCUCUCUAAUGCGCACACGUAACAUGAUUCUGGGCAGCUACCAAUUUCUCCCAGAGGAUGUGAGGUUUCUCGAUCUCAAAAAGAUACUACAAGUCUUUGAAUUUGUAGGACUUGAUCGAGAGUUGUAG